GGUCCGCGCGGGGUCGAAGAGUCCAGCUGCACGGGUUCCGCUGGCACGAAAGAGACUGUCCUCCGCUCCUGAGGGCGAGGAAGACCGGUGUCACAGCCAUGUUACGCAUCCUGGCUCGGACUGAGGUUCCGGGGCUCAGGGUGCCCUGGACUCAGUGGUCUAGGAAUUGGGCGGGGGUCCCAGCACACGUGGUGGACCUGCGCAGCGACACGGUGACCCGGCCAGGGCCGGCCAUGAGGCGAGCUAUGGCCGAAGCGGUUGUAGGAGACGAUGAUUACGGCGAAGACCCUACGGUCCACGAACUGCAGGAAAAGGCUGCAGAGAUGCUUGGAGUGGAGAGGACUCUGUUUGUGCCCACCAACACCAUGGCCAACCUCAUCUCUGUGAUGGGUCACUGCCGGCGCCGGGGUUCCCAGGUCCUCCUUGGGCAGGAAUGCCACCUCCACGUCUAUGAGCAGGGCGGGGUGGCUCAGAUCGCUGGGGUGCAUUCCCACCCCCUCCCGGACCUGCCCCACGGCACCUUGGACCUGAAUGAGCUAGAGAGGGCACUCACCCGGGGCUUCGGGAGCUCCUACCAUCCAGUCUGCGAGCUCGUGUGUCUGGAGAACACGCACAGCAGCGCAGGAGGCCGGGUCCUCCCCAUAGACUACCUCCGCCAGGUGCGCCUCCUGGCCCACGCCCACGGGGCAAGGGUUCACAUGGACGGAGCUCGCUUGAUGAACGCAGCCGUGGCUCUGCGCAUGCCCCCCGCCCGCCUGGUGGAGCACUGCGACUCUGUAUCCUUCUGUUUCUCUAAGGGCCUAGGUGCGCCAGUGGGGGCUCUGGUCGGGGGAUCCAAGGACUUCAUUGAAGAAGCAUGGCGCCUGCGCAAGGCCCUGGGUGGAGGCAUGCGCCAGGCUGGAGUGCUGGCAGCGGCUGCCCUGGUGGGACUGGCAGGGGCAGAGGAGGUGUUGCUAAGGGACCAUGGGAAUGCCCAGAGAUUCGCUAAAGGACUCCAAGACCUGGCGUCGCCCAUCUGCUCUGUGGAUCCUGCCACCGUGGAGACCAACAUGGUGCUGGUGCGGGUGGCUGGGCUGCCUCCCUCCGAGCUGUGCCAGCGCCUUCAGGCUGUGAGUGCCGAGGAGGUGGCCCAGACUGGCCACGCCGUGCGCGUGCUGCUGUUUCCCUGGACAGAACAGUCUGUGCGGACCGUGUGGCACCGAGACGUGUCUGCCCAGGAUGUGGAACUGGCACUGAGGAAGUGGGAGUUUGUGCUGAGACAGUUGAGGCCCUGAGGCCAGGGGACCAGAGACCCCGUGCUCCAGCUGAAGUGGGCAGUGAGAUGCCUCAAGCCUUAGCCUGGUGAAGGCUCCUCUCUAGAGAAUGAGGACAUCACCCCGCCUCCGGUUGGUGCCAGUGACUCUUCAUGCGAUGGCCUCAUGCAGUCAGGAAUAAGCAGGUAUAAAGUGGGAAAAGCUGUGACUGACUAUCCAGAGAAGGAAGUGGGUAGAGGAGACAGGGGAGGUGUGGCAUGGUUGCCAAAUGUGCAUAAGCCCCAGCAUCAAGGGGUCGAUCCCCAGCAGGUGCAUCGGCUCAUAGCCGUAAUCCUAGUGUGCUGGGGAAUUAGAAGUUCAAUUCUCAGCUACACAGAGGGUUUGGGGCAAGCCUGGGCUACAGGAGACCCCGUGUUCAAGCAAACAGAUCCUUAGUGAUUGACACAAUGGAGUUAUUAAAGAUGGUCAGUAAAAUAAAA